AAUACCCCCAAUAUUCCUUUUGUAACCGCAUCUGGCGCUACUGUCGCAUUGUUUUGCUUUUUUGGAGUACAAAAAUUGGAUAACUUUACACGGAAAUGGUGCAAAAAGGCGGAAAUAACAUAUUAAAUGCAAUCAAAGGAAUCUACUACAAUGAAUUCCACUGGGCGAUUGUAAAGAGUUACGCGCUCUUCCUGGUCGGUGUGCGAAUUGCCCAUGAAGUCCAGGGAUUGGAAAUAAUGCCAUCAUUGCCGAAAUAGUGCGUGGGAGUCUCCUGAAAAAAGCAUUUCCGGGUAUUCUGUUAAAAUAGUGUGUAGAAAAAAAAUAAUGUGAGAAAAUCAAUAAAGAGGAAGAUUGACGAGA